AGAAAUGGAGUAUUACUCUGUAACUGAACACACCCUAACCUUUUUUCUUUUUGUAUUUUCUCGAGAAAUUUCUCUCUCCUUUCCCGCCUGUCCAUCUAUAUUCAUCUCUAGUCUCUACACGCUCCUCUCCCUCUUUCUUUCUCUCUAUCAACGGCUUUAGUUUGAAAAUUCUCUCUUCAUUUCUAUCUCUGUAUAUUCACGCGCAUUUCGUUCAUUUAUUGCCUUAGAGAUUCUUCUCCACCUUAACCCUGUCUCUCUCUUAAAGGGUUUUGAUUGCAAUCAAACUGUGCCAAGGUUGAGGAGCCAUAAAUUGUCAAUGCCUUGAAGAAAUAAGGGAAAGAAACCAAGGAGAAAAAACGUUUUGGUGGUUGACCACGCUAUUGUGGCAUCUAACAAUCAGUUUUUUUGAUGACAAUCCGAAAUAAGCCUGAGGUUAUUGAUCCUCCUCAAAAUAAAGACAUGACAGAUAUCGUUGAAUGUGUAAACAGUCCUGCUAAGACAGCUUUAAAACCAAAUGUGACUGUGUCUAGCAGUGUUCACGAAUUAUUGGAGUGUCCCGUGUGCUUAAAUGCCAUGUAUCCUCCAAUUCAUCAGUGUUCAAAUGGUCACACAUUAUGUUCCAGUUGCAAGCCCAGAGUUCAUGGCCGAUGCCCCAUUUGCAGGCAUGAACUUGGCAACAUUAGAUGUCUUGCGCUAGAGAAAGUUGCUGCAUCUCUUGAACUUCCAUGUAUUUAUCGGAGUUUUGGGUGCAUAGGAAUAUACCCUUAUCACAGCAAGUCAAAACAUGAAUCCCAAUGUGUUUUUAGACCGUAUAGCUGCCCAUAUUCUGGAUCAGAAUGCACGGCUAUUGGUGAUAUUCCUUAUCUGGUGGCACAUUUGAAAGAUGAUCACAAAGUUGACAUGCAUAAUGGCAGUACUUUCAACCACAGAUAUGUCAAAUCAAAUCCACAUGAAGUUGAGAACGCAACAUGGAUGCUGACGGUUUUUAGCUGCUUUGGUCAGUAUUUUUGUCUGCAUUUUGAAGCAUUCCACCUCGGGAUGUCCCCAGUCUACAUAGCAUUCCUGAGGUUUAUGGGCGAUGACAAUGAGGCAAAGAACCAUAGUUACAGUCUUCAAGUAUGUGGAAGUGGUAGGAAGAUGACAUGGCAAGGGGUGCCUAGGAGCAUUAGGGAUAGCCACCGGAAGGUUCGUGACAGCUUUGAUGGUCUUGUUAUCCAGCGCAACAUGGCCCUUUUAUUCUCUGGUGGAGAUCGGAAGGAAUUGAAGCUUCGGGUGACUGGUCGGAUUUGGAAAGAACAGUGACAGGAUGAUUAAAUUAUCACAACUUCUUCCUAUUAUAGUUUAUCUUCACACCUAGUGAUUAGUUUCAGUUUCUUCUUGUAGCUAGUCCCGUGACCUUUAGUCAUUUAUUUUUUGAAUUAUAGGAGGAAAACUCUCUUUGCUUGUCCAUCCAUCAAAUACAUGAGUGGGAGACCUUACUCUUGUCCCUGCAAUUACAGUAUCUAUAUAGAUUUGCCGCAUUGCUAUUUAGCAACUGUGGAGAUA